AUGGAGCUGAUUCCUGGCCUUCCAAAUGAUAUAGCCAUCGAGUGCCUUAUACCAGUCCCAUUCAGCCAAAUAUCAAAGGCUGCAUCUGUUUCCAAGAAUUGGAAGGCAGAAAUUCAGCUGCCAGAAUUUUGGCAGCGAAGGAAGGUUGCUGGAUUUACCCGACCCCUCAUCGCGAUGACACAAGCAGAUAUCCGCGAUGAUGAUGAUGCUAGACGCUUACAUCAUUACCUGCUCAAAAUCUGUGAUCCUGAACGAGGCUUUUGGUACGAGGUGCCAUCGAUCCCAGGAUUCUCCGAGGGCGUGCCGGUGUUUUGCCAAGUUGUAGGAGUCGGGAUAAACCUGGUAGUGAUUGGCGGGUAUGACCCGGUUUGUUGGAAAACCUUGAAUUCAGUCUUUAUUUACGAUUUCAUAACCGCCACGUGGCGAGAUGGAGCUGCUAUGCCAGGUGGACAGAGAUCAUUCUUUGGAAGUGCUUCUGAUGGUGAUCAUAGGAUCCUCGUUGCAGGUGGACAUGAUGGCAACAAAAAUGCACUUGCAUCAUCGAUGAUGUAUGACGUGGCCAAGAAUGAGUGGGUCGUGUUGCCUGACAUGGCGAGAGAGCGUGACGAAUGCAAGUGCAUUUUCCACCGUGGCAGAUUCCAUGUCGUUGGUGGUUACUGCACGGAUCGGCAAGGGGAUUUUGAGAGCAGUGCAGAAGCACUUGAGCUUGAUGAUGUUGACGGCUGGAAGUGGGCUGAGUUAGAAAACAUCCAUGAAAUGGAUCUAGUGAACGAGGCGUUGACCAAAAUAGAGGUUCCCGGCGGGCAUUCGGACACCGUUCAUGUUCAAUCUUGUUGCUAUUUGGAGGCUUGA